AUGCAGACUGCUUCUACAAACAUUUGUGAAAGACUGUGCAAUAAGUCCAUCUGUGAAAUUUCCUUGCUACCAAAUAUUACACAAUCAACUGUUAGUGGUAUCAUAACAAAGUGGAAGUAACUGGGAACAACAGCAACUCAGCGACAAAGUGGUAGGCCACGUAAAAUGACUGAGCAGGGUCAGUGCACUGCGCACAAGCUCACAGUGCGCAGACGUUACUUACUGUCUGCAAAGUCAAUAGCUAAAGACCCCCAAACUUCGUGUGGCCAUCAAAUUAGCACAACAACAGCGUGUAGAGAGCUUCAUGGAAUGGGUUUCCAUGGCCAAGUAGCUGCAUCCAAGCCACACUUCACCAAGUGCACUGCAAAGCAUCAGAUGCAGUGGUGUAAAGCAUGGUGCGACAAGACUCUA